UUGCAAUUGCCUGCAUGUCCCACAAAAAUUUUGAAGUAACAAAAAAAGCAUUUAUCCAAUAGAGUACUAAUUAUUGCAAUUAGUGUUCUUGUCUGCAUCAUUUUGCUGUAGCAUGCAUUUGUGCCAAAAUGUAUUGGAACAAAGGGUUGAAAGAGAAAAUUGCUUCAACCUUGUUGUUUGCCAACCAAUAUCCAAAUAUUUCUUAUGCAGAACUUCUUCAGGCAACUGAAGGAUUCUCUUUGAGAAAUAUGAUUGGCGAGGGAAGCUAUGGUUCUGUGUACAAAUGGAUUCUGAAUUGUGAAACUACGAAAGCAAUUGCUGUCAAGGUACUCAAUCUUCAAGUAAGGGGAUGCAACAAGAGUUUCUUGGCUAAAUGUGAAGCAUUGAGGAACAUCUGUCAUCGAAAUCUUGUUAAGAUAGUCACUGCUUGCUCAAGCAUAGACUUCCAAGGCAAUGAGUUCAAGGCUUUGGUCUUUGAAUUCAUAUCCAACGGGAGUCUUGAGAGCUGGUUACAUUCGAGUUCACUGAACCAGGAGGACUCUAGGAACUUGAACCUUGUUCAAAGGCUCAAUAUUGCAGUUGAUGUAGCCUCUGCAUUGGAUUAUCUUCACAACCAUUGUGAAACACUUAUCAUUCACUGCGAUUUGAAACCGAGCAAUGUUCUUCUUGAUGAUGAUCUCUCUGGCCGUGUCAGCGAUUUUGGUCUAGCAAGAAUUUGUCUCACCAAGACAAGUGCAUCCACUCAUACACACAACAGUACUUCAAGUAGAAUUAGAGGAACAAUUGGAUAUAUUGCUCCAGGUAAUUUUAUCAAUUUUAUAGUUCUUUUGUUGAAAGUUUUCAUUCUAAUUUGUGUUGUACACUAAAAGAAUCAGUAUUUGUAUCAAACUACAUGAUUUCAGUUACAUUAUUUUAACCUCACAUAUGGAAAAAGUCUCCAUUUUACAUAACAAGAUUAAUUGGUAUUGAAUUGAAUAUUCUAAAUUUCCAUGUGAUGUCAAAAGCUGUUUAAUCUAUCAAAAUACCAAUCUUAGAAUAUUCUGGAAGUUUAGCCUGGUUGGUAUAGUUUCUACAUUUUUUUUUUCUCUAAAAACAACCAACUUUUUUGGACAACUCCAAAAGGUUAUUUUCGAAUUUUUGAAAAACAUUAAUGCACAAAAAUUUUAAAUAUGACAAAAAUGACCGGGUGUUUUUGAUGCAUUGUUUUUGUUUCAAAAAAAAAUAUGAAUAACGAAAAUGAAGAAAACAAAAUUAAUAUCAAACUGUUGUGAUUGCUUCUACUUGCAGAAUAUGCUGUAGGUGGGGAAGUGUCAAUAAAAAGUGAUGUGUACAGUUAUGGGAUUCUUUUACUAGAGAUGUUUAUAGGGAAAAGACCAACCGACAACAUGUUUGCAGACAAUUUUAACCUCCAUAACUAUGUUAAGAGGGCUGCUGCUGAGCAGGUGAUGGAGAUUGUUGAUCCUUCACUGAUAUCAGAAGGGCCAAAUGAAUCAAAUAGGACUAGCGGAAGCAGCAGAGGUGAUAUUGUCGGGACAGUGAAGUGCUUGGGAUGUAUUCUUCAAAUUGGAGUUAUGUGUUCUGUAGAUUUAGCAAGUGAAAGAAUCAAUAUUAGUGAUGCUCUCAUGGAAUUGCAAGUGAUUAGAGAUGUUUAUCUCGGAAAAAGAGAGAUGAAAUAAACAAAGAUGACAAGAUCAUCAUUGUAGUUUUUUGCUUUAGUUUGUGUGAUUCUAUUAAUCUCAUUUUGUGAGAAAAUUCUGAGAUACUUGUAGAACAUAGUUGUAAAAUCGUUACUUGUUUGAUACAGCUUAUUGUGGGUGC